AUGGAGAACACGUUGCAUUCUCACCCUUAUUACCCUGUUGGAGCCUCUAUUGCAGGGUACUCUCCAAAUGAAAGCUCAUUGAUUGAACUCCUGGUCAAAGCUGGGGGAGGUUGCACAGCCUUACUAGGGCUUACAUUCAUCCUUGUCUCGUACGCGCGACCGAGAUUAUGUCUCCACGAUCGAAUGGCGAUCCUCUGGUUCAUGUUGCUGACUGCCAUUCCUUAUGUAGCUGGCACCCUGCACUGCUUCUUUGAGGGAUACUUUAUGGUCAACCAUCGAGAGAUGGCCUCGGCUCAGGACCUCUUUGGUCAGUUGUGGAAAGAGUAUGCGCUCUCUGAUUCACGAUACAUGACAUCAGAGACACUAGUACUGUGCAUGGAGACAAUGACUGUGGACCUCAAGCUGGAGUUGGAUGAGAGUUUGCAAGGCUGGUCUGACCUGAGUCUCUAUAAACAGUUACUGUGGGGGCCACUCUGCUUCUGGGUGGUCACUCUGAUCAUCACGCAAGAUUCUCUGCGCCAUCCCAUUCAACUCCUAGUGUGCAUGAGCCAUCUGUAUGGCGAUACCUUGUACUAUGCGACCAGUCUGUUUGACCACUAUGCCCACAACAUAUCAUACAGCCGGCCUGAGGGCUACUACUUUUGGCUGUACUACUUUUUCAUGAACUUGAUCUGGAUUGUCGUGCCAUUCUGUGAGUCAAGAUCUAAGAAAGCAACUGUGUGCCAGGGCCGGAGGCUAAACAUUGAGGAUGAAUACACGAGCAGACUAUCUGGCUCAAAGUAUUCGAACUUUGUCGACAGCCGUUCGAUUCCAGCAGGAGUCUGUGGCCCGUUCCAAAACCCGUUAGAACCAAGGCCAGGAUGA